AUGCGUCGUAUCCGAGGGGCUUGGACUCGCCUGCUUUCUCGCGGCUUUUUCCAGGCGCAGAAACCGUCCUCUCAGCCUCCCUCUGGAGUGUCUCUGGACCUCCCGCGUCUGCUCCUCGCCGCCGUGAAGACGCAGGCGGAGUUGCUGAAGAAAGCGAGGCGGCUCACCCUCAAGUCGCGUCUUAUCGUCGCACAAACCGCGAGACUCCUGGUGACGAAACUCAGCGAACUGCGCAUUCUCCUGCAACCGUGUCUCCACCUCCUCCUCGUUCACCAUCAUCCUCUCUUCCUCGCAGCCUCCCAUCUUAUCAGGUUCUUCAAGGUUCUUCUGUAUCUCCGGUAUUUGUUUGACUGGUUGCCGCAAGUGAAUCCUCAUUUGCCGCCUUUCACCUUCGUUUACCGAGCAACCGACACGUACAUUUCGAUCUUCACGCGCAUCGUCCCCUCGAUUGCGUCGAUGGAUCUCUCAGGAUUCGCAGCCUGGGCCGUUCUUGAGAUGACCGAAAACUACCUCGCUCGCCUCAUUGCGACUCUUGAAUGA